AUGACGAGGGACCACUUCGAUGAGCUGCUCGGGAAAGUUGGCCCUCUCAUCACGCGAGCCGACACAGGGAUGAGGUUGGCAAUCGGACCUGCUGAGCGGCUCGCUAUCUGCCUCCGUUAUCUGGCUACUGGUGACUCCUACAGGACCAUUGCUUUCAGUUACCGGGUUGGCCGGUCGACUGUGUCUGGCAUCAUCUGGGAGGUUGCCAGGGCCAUCUGGACUGCCCUGAUUGAGGAGACCAUGCCUGUACCAACCACGGAGGACUGGAGGGAAAUUGCAGCUGUGUUCCAGGAGCGCUGGCAGUUCCCAAAUUGCAUCGGGGCUAUCGACGGAAAGCAUGUGGUGCUGCAGUCUCCAGCGAAUUCGGGGUCUUUGUUCUUUAAUUACAAGUCCACCUACUCCCUGGUACUCCUGGCGGUUGUUGAUGCCAACUACCUGUUCCGUGUAGUCGACGUAGGAGGCUAUGGCAGGAGCAGUGACAGUGGCACUCUGCGCAACUCUGCUUUUGGUGAGGGCCUGCGAGAUGGCACACUUGGCAUUCCGGUAGAUGCCAUCAUCACUGGGGCAGAAGAGCGUGGCCCACUCCCAUUCGUGUUUGUCGGAGAUGAAGCCUUCCCCUUGACAACAAACCUGCUGCGUCCAUUUCCUGGUCGUCAAGUGCCACUGCAGAGGAGAGUUUAUAACUAUCGCCUCAGCCGGGCAAGGUUGGUGGUUGAAUGCGCUUUUGGCAUCCUCUCUGCUAGGUGGCGCAUGUAUCGCCGUGUCAUCGCCACCAGCCCUGAGGUAGCAGAGGCAUGUGUCAAGGCCACAUGUGUGUUGCACAACUUCCUCCGGAUCAAGAGUCUUGAGAAGGAGAGGAGAAGAGGCACACAGCGCGAGCCAGAAGAUCUUGAUGACCCCGACUCUGCUCCUCCUGUGGCACCUGUGGACCUUGGGCCCCCGGAAUCUCUGCGCAACGCCCCAAGAUUAGGCUCAAACAACGCCAGCCGUAGAGCCAUCGAGUUGCGCGAGACGUUCUGCUCCUACUUCAAUGAGGAGGGGACCGUCUACUGGUGUGCCACUGAGUCGGACUGCAGUGCACUUUUGCGGCUGGCUAGCUGGCUGGGACCUGGCUGCUGGCGGCCGGGGCCUGGCUGGCUGGCUGGCUUGGACCGACCUGGCAGAGAUCGGGCUGCUGGUGGCGGAUACCGGGCUGCUGCUAGUGGCGGAGACCUGGCUGCUGCUGGUGGCUGGGGUCAGGCUGCUGCUGGUGGCUGGGAUCUGGGUGACUGCGACCUGGCUGGCUGGGAUCUGGGUGACUGCGACCUGGCUGGCUGGGAUCUGGGUGACUGCGACCUGGGUGACUGCGACCUGGCUGGCUGGGACCUGGCUGGCUGGGAGCUGGCUGGCUAG